AGCAGCCAGUCCAGUGAGAUCAUCGACAAGCAGGGUUAGGGUUCUGAUUGCAUGUUCUUCAGUUGGAAACCUGCUGCCAGGCAAACAACAAGCUUGCUCUUGCUCUCUGUGGAGAGGGAGGAGCAUAACCAAGACUCUGUUAUUAACAACAAAGAAGAUGGAAGCUGGACAGCCGUCGGACACAGUGGAUGCAAACACAGGCCAUGAAGAAGAGGGAAAUGGUCUGGAUUGGCUCCUUAAAAAAGACAGCUCAGAGAUAACUCCUCCACCUAUGGACACCAAUGAUUCAUUAUCUAGAAAAUACAGCACCAGCGUUGGCAGCAUUUACAGUAAAGCAUUCACCAGGGAAAGAAUAUUUGAAGCAGCAUCUCAUGGAAACACAACUCAACUCAAUAGCCUGCUUGACUACCUGCGGGUUAAUGAUAAGCAACUUACAAGCCCAGAAUUCACAGAUGAAAUAAAUGGGAAAACGGCACUCCUGAAAGCUUUGCUGAACCUCAAAGACGGCAAAAAUGACACCAUUGAAGUUUUCCUCGACAUAGCAGAGAAAACUGGAGAUUUAGAAAAUUUAAUCAACGCAUCUUACAAAGAUCCGAUCUACCACGGUCAGACAGCCUUGCACGUCGCCAUUGAGAGAAGGAGCUUUGGUCACGUGAAACUGCUGGUCCAGAAAGGAGCAGAUGUGCAGGCCAAAGCCAACGGGAAGUUCUUCCAGCGUAAAGCAGGAUUGGGGUUUUAUUUUGGAGAGCUUCCUCUGUCGUUGGCUGCCUGCACCAACCAGCCAGAUAUUGUGUCCUUCCUCAUGGAGAACCCUUACAGGAAUGCCGACUUGACUGACAAAGACUCCCAAGGAAACACAGUCUUGCACACCUUGGUGGUCAUAGCAGACAACACCACAGAAAACACAGAUAUGAUUGUGAAGACGUAUGAUGACAUACUAAUCCACCACAACAAACUCGAGAAAAAAAGAAAAGUCCAGUUGGAAGCUAUUGAAAAUAAUGAUGGGUUUACUCCUCUGAAGUUAGCAGCCAAGCUAGGCAAGAUUGGGCUGUUCAGGCACAUUUUGCAUCGGGAAUUCACGGAUGAGGAGACGAGGCCGCUGUCCAGAAAGUUCACAGAGUGGUUCUACGGACCCGUUCACUCCUCGCUGUAUGACACGAGCUCCAUCGACACCAACGAAGACAACUCUGUGUUGGAGAUAAUCGUCUUUGGGAGUGAAAUUCCGAAUCGCCCUGAGAUGCUCCAGAUCGAGCCUCUUCGCAGUCUUCUCAAGGAUAAGUGGGACAAAUUCGCCUCUAAAUUAUUCUUGAUGAAUUUCUUGGUUUACCUGACGUACCUGAUCAUCUUCACCACCGUGGCCUUCUACAGAAAAGAAGGCAAGCCACCGUUUCCCAUUGAAGAUGUCCCACUCGACUACCUGCGUUGCACCGGUGAGCUCAUCAGUGUCCUCGGAGCGGUGUGGUUUUUCUAUAAAGCGAUAACUAUUUUCAAAAGGAACCCGCCAACCUUCAAGGCUCUGUACAUCGACGGAUACUGUGACAUUCUUUUUUUCCUGCAAGCAAUUCUUCUUCUGAUCUGCAUUGUUUUGUACUGUUGUGGACUGAGAGAAUACGUCGGACUUCUUGUGCUCUCGCUGGCUCUCGCUUGGAUCAACGUUCUUUACUACUCGAGAGGCUCUAAACAAAUGGGGAUGUACAAUGUCAUGAUGCAAAGAAUGAUCCUGGGUGACAUCUUGCACUUUUUGUGCUUCUAUAGCGUCUUCCUCUUUGGAUUCUCUGCUGCUGUCGUUGCCCUUAUCGAUGACUCCUCUGUUAAAAAGCUGGCCAAUGGCACACUGGCACAUGGAAGGAGUGUUGAGACAUUUAAAUGCAAAAGGCCAACUUACAACGAUAUCCGUUUUACAACGCUGGAGUUGUUCAAGUUCACUAUUGGAAUGGGAGAUCUGGAGUUUACUGACCAUGUCCAGUACAAAGAAGUUUUCUACAUCCUUCUCAUCUCGUACAUAGUUCUUACUUACAUCCUGUUGCUCAACAUGCUCAUAGCUCUGAUGGGCAACACGGUCGAAAGAAUCUCCAAAGAAAGUGAAAACAUCUGGAAUCUGCAGAGGGCUCAGACCAUCCUGGACCUGGAGAGGACUCUGCCGAGGAGUCUGAUGAAUAAACUGUACCCUGCAGCGUCCAAGACGGUGUGUCUCAGAAACGAGCCGGAUGAGUGCAGAACGUUUUUCAGGGUGGGGGAAACCAACUGGAAACAAUGGCGGUCAGACGUCGGCGUAACUCGGGAGGAAGAUCCUGGGAAUCGCAUGAUGAUGUCACAGUCCCACGACCAGAUUGACGGGAACAUGUGGAGCCUAAAUCCGCUAUUUAAGAGGAUUCGUGGGAGAAGACGCCAACCGCAGCAACCCGGCGCUCCUUAACUUCACCAGAUCAUCACAGGGACAUUUAUUGAGAGCAUCAGUAACCUCUCCCUCUAAACAUGUCAAGGCUUUUUUUACUUUUGAUACUAACUUUUUAUAUUCUAUUUUCCAUUUCUUAAAGGUACUGUAUAUACAGGAUGUUUACCAUAAACUGGGGAUGAUUUCAGCAAUAAAUCCAACUGUCUGUAAACAA